AUGGACAAUACAGAAAUACAUUUCCUCGUGGACGAAAAAAAGAAAACAAGUCUGUUCGAUAGAGUAUGUUCUUGGUCUAUCGAAGAUAUUCUCAACAAAGAUCUCUACAAGCAACAGUUAAAGACGAUACCAGACACGUUUACAUCCGUUGAUGAAUACUUUAACUGCUUUGUUCCUCAUCUACUCGAGGAGACACGUACUGAGUUGUUCUCAAGCUUCAGAUCUUUAGCGAAAGCUCCUGUUUUUCAAAUAGUGAGAGCUCCUGUCUUUCAAAUAAUGGAAUCAACCGGAAGCUCACCGAUCAACAACUUGUUACAUGAUAUAACAAUAACGGAUGAAGUUACUGUUAUUGCUAAGUACAAGCCAGAAUGUGGAGAUGUAAUUGCUCUGAGCCUGACAAAAGAAGCUCCAAGACGAAUCGAUGAUUUGAGUCCUUUACGUCUUGCCUAUGUAGUCUCCGUCUAUGGUGAUCAUAGUUCUGACCCUAACCGCGUUUUGGAUAUAAUAAGAUCCGCGAAACUCAACUCUUCCCAAGAAGCUGCAAUAUUGGGUUGCAUUAAGGCAAGGAGGUGUAAUCACAGGAAGAGCAUGAAACUGAUUUGGGGACCUCCUGGAACAGGCAAAACAAAGACGGUCGCGACUCUUCUCGUUGCUCUUUCCAAGCUCAAGUGA